AUGUUUGACAGCUCGCAGUAUCCCUACAAUUGCUUCAAUUACGACGCCGACGACUACCCCGCGGGCAGCUCGGACGAGGAGAAGCGGCUCACGCGGCCGGCGUACAGCUACAUCGCGCUGAUCGCCAUGGCCAUUCAGCAGAGCCCGACGGGCAAGGUGACCCUGUCGGGCAUCUACGACUUCAUCACGCGCAAGUUCCCCUAUUACCGCGCCAACCAGCGCGCCUGGCAGAACUCCAUCCGCCACAACCUGUCCCUCAACAGCUGCUUUGUCAAGGUGCCGCGGACCCAUGGCCACGAGAAGGGCAAAGGCAACUACUGGACCUUCGCCGGCGGCUGCGAGUCGCUACUGGACCUUUUCGAGAACGGCAACUACAGGCGGAGGCGGCGGCGGCGCGGCCCCAAACUCGAGGAGGCGAGGGGGACGCGCGCGGCAGAAGCGGAAGCGCCCCGGGGUCCCCCUGAGCCGGCCACUGCGAGGGGGAGCCCCGUCCCCCGCCGCGAGGCCCCAACCCCAGCCAGCCCCGCCGCCCUGGGGAGGGAGGCACACAGGGGCAUCAAGUUCAGCAUCGACCACAUCCUCUCCACCCCCGACCCCUUUCCCGGGCUCAGGUCGCCCUACGCGCAGGAGGGCAGGUACCCGCGGCUGGAGGCCCGGCAAAUGAACCUUCACCUUUGGACGAUGUGCCACCAGCUGCCACACUGCGGCCCAGACCACUCCUCUCUGCUGGAGAACACCGUGUGCCGAGCAACCUCAGCACCUUCAGCCUUUGAGCAGAACGCGGCUCCUCUGUACAGCCUCCUCCCCACACCCCUCACCUCGCCCCACCUCGCUUACUUGAGGCAGCAAGUGUCCUACCUGCUGCCGGCCCCCUCCAGCCAUCCUCCAACCUGCCGCCAGACCAGGCUCUCUUGCCCCCAGAGCAAAUCUCGGCUCCAGCCCUCACCCCCACCAGGCAAGGGCCGCUCCGCUCAUCCCCCGCCCCUGCCCCGCCCACUGGGCUCCAGCCACGCGGCGCCCUUGGAGAGCUGUCCCCAGGCCUGGAAUGAUCCCCUGUCCUCGUCCUCACUCCUCGUCUCCACUCGGUCCUCGUCUCCACUCGGAGCCGCGGCCAGUCCAGUGGCCUUCCUGCCCGCGACCAAGCCAGCAACCACGCAGCGCUGUCUUCUCCCUUCGCUUGGUUUUUAA